UUUAAAAAACGUUACUUGUUUACGAGACCAGUUUAAUCUUACCACACAAUAUCAUAUCACAUCUCCAAGAACACUGAAUUGCUAUUAUCGUCAUUCAGUAAAUUUAUUUUCUCUCAAAUAUCAAUCAGGCGAUUCAUUAUACAAACAACGAAAACUAGUCCUAAGAAAAAAUGCAUGACAUGGAUUCUGUUCAGUUUGAGUGUCAACAGUUUCGUUCAGCAAAUCCAACCAUGGUUACUGAUAUGUCAAGGAAUCCAAAAAUCCUGAGAACAAGAGUAUUCACAAGUACCAAGUUCCUGGUUGUAAAUAAGAAGUUCAACUCACAACUGUAUCACAACCGGACACUUGAUAUCAUAUUCACCAUGUCACCGGUAACAACUGAAGAUACAAACAAUGGAAUGGAAGAACAAGUGGUGGUCUCUAAAAAUUACAUAAAUAACAAACUACUCUUGCAACAAGGUAUUAUCGAAGUAAACACGAUGGACAGCGCAGGAUUGCAAAUGAACCUGGAAGAUAAUACGAGAAUACAUGAGAUAAAUAUUCCAAGAAUCUUCUUAACUCAGAAUCUGAACCCAUUCGAAUGGUCACAAGUUUUAUCUAACUGUAUGAAUAUAUCACCAGAAAUUAUUAAGCAAGCCUGGUUCCAAAUGAUAUCAAGCAAAAGUGUCAAUUCAAGACUGAUAGACCUUUGUAUCAAUUCCCUGAAACAGAUAUCAGUAAAUCUUGUCGAUGAAAUAGUGAAUAUAGCUGAUAAGAGAGGUAAUACAGCUCUGCAUUAUGCAAUAAGUCAGGCGAAUUGGCCCAUUGUGUAUACCUUAAUGAACAAUAGUACGAAAACUGAUGUGAACAAGUUUAAUCGAGCUGGAUAUACUCCUUUAAUGAUGGCUGCAAUGUGGAUAAGUAAACCCAUUACAAAAGAAGAUACAGCGACACUGGAUAUGGUUGUUUCUAGAGCCAACUUAAAAUUGAUAUCACAAAAUGAUUUCAAGCGAACUGUUCUAAUUUUGGCUGCGAUUUACGGGUGUGAAACAAUCGUUUCUAGUGUUCUCACAAAGCGGAAAUCUCUCAUAAAUCAAAGUGAUGCAGGAGGCAGCACUGCUAUAAUGUGUGCUGCAGAACACAACCAUUUAAAUGUAGUCACGGUUCUUCUGGGACAAAGUAAGAUCAAUUUACAAUUAAAAGAUAUAGUAAGUUUACGUUCUAGCUGAGGUGGUUCUUAUGAUUUUUAGUAUUCAAGAGUUAUCUGAUAACAUAAUUUGCUUGAAAGCUUUUUUUAACAUACGAAACAUUGGUAUGGUCAAUAACAGAUACAUGAAGGACUGGACAGAAUUUUCAAA